ACGGGCGGGCGCUGUGCCCGAAGCUUGUUGGUGGGAGAGCUGGGGGCGAUGGCGCAGAACCUGUACGGUCCACGAGUCCGGAUUGGCAACUGGAACGAGGACGUCUACCUGGAGGAGGAGAUCAUGAAAGACUUCUUAGCAAAGAGGGAUAAGGGACAACUUCUCAUACAGAGAAACAGAAGACUAAAAGAGAAUCUUUUGAGACCGAUGCAGCUUUCCGUAUCUGAAGACGGAUACAUUCACUAUGGUGACAAAGUGAUGCUUGUGAGUCCCGACCAUCCUGAGACAGAGGCUGAUCUGUUUCUGCGUGGGGACCUCAGCCUGUGUAUGACUCCAGAUGAGAUUAAAGCCCAUCUGAGCAAUGAAUUAGAGGUGCCCUGUGGCCUAAGCGCAGCUCAAAUCAAGAUCCCAGUUGGCAGAAACACUUUUACUAUUUUGUGUGCAGCUGGAGAGGUCAUCGGUCAAGUCCUUAGAUACGGGCAGAACUUCCGCAUCGGGAUAACAGGAGGAUUUGACGACAGAAUGUUAUAUUUAUCAAGUGACCACAGGACCCUUCUGAAGUCAUCCAAGAGGUCCUGGCUCCAGGAGGUGUCCCUGACGCAUGAGGAUUCCUACCUGAACUGCUGGCAGCCUGCCUUCCCCGAUCCCCAGCUUCGCCUGGAGUACGAGGGCUCCCCCGUCCCGGCAAACACAAAGAUUCUUAUCACUCACUGCCACACGAAUCGCGGGCUGGUGGCCCACCGGCAUCUUUUCCUAAGAACCUAUUUUGGAAAGGAAGCAGAGGUGGCUGCUCACACCUAUCUGGAUUCACACAGAGUUGAAAAGCCAAAGAACCACUGGAUGUUGGUGACUGGGGCUCCCAGGAAGGACUUGUCCACCAUGUUGGACCUGCCCAAGACUCCGACAGAGGACACCCGAGCCCUGGAGCAAGUCAGAGAGCAGGUUUCGGACCCAGGGGCCGGAAACACACCUGAUGUGCAUGCCUGCGUGCCUCAGUGCGCACUUCCAAUGUAGCUUUAUGGGAAAUCAACCUUGCAUGCCUCAGGCUAUUCUUAAGAAAGGCAUAGAACUCUCCGAACAUUGUAUUAAAACAAAGACUGUAUUCAGACUAUUGAAUUAACAGCGUAGGUGUAAGACACAGGAAAAAAAUUGCCGUGGGCAAUAGCUCAGAAAUUGCAUUUGAAGGUUACUGGAUGACAUUCCUUUGUUGAUGAGCAAAUUCUGAAGACUCAGCUUCCUAUAUUUAGAUCCUCUGUAGCAGCAGCUUCUACGAGGGCUGUGUUACUUUUUAAAGCUAUAUCUUUGCAAUAAAGUUAUCAGAACUUUACUGAA